CGCCGGCUCAGCUGUCAGAUUGCAGCACUUUCCAUUUUACCUGCUUUAGAGAUGAGUUCCUACGCAACAGCAUUGAAAUCGGUGGAUUAUGAGAUCUUCGGGGAAGUGCAGGGUGUCUUUUUUCGAAAGUAUACUGAGGAACAGGCCAGAAAGCUAGGCCUGGUUGGUUGGGUAAAGAACACAGCGAGAGGCACAGUGACUGGACAGGUGCAAGGAUCAGUUGAAAACGUCAAUUUUAUGAUGAACUGGCUGAAAUCUGUGGGCAGCCCAAUGUCUCGGAUUGACAAAGCCCAAUUCUCAGACGAGAGAGAGAUCUCCAAACUGGAUUUUAAUAACUUCUCAACCAGAUACUAGGAUGUUGCAAUAACUGGUGCUCGCUGAAACUUUGCUAAUAUCAUCUUUAAUGCCAUACAGCUUGGAGAGGGAGAAAGAGGGGACAUUUGUUGAAUGAGGGUUUGGAGAGUAACUUACUGAGACAGUAAGGGGUGUAAGUUGCUUGCUAUUCAUGAUUGAUUUUUUGUUUUGUUUCCCCCAAUAAAUUCUGAGUCUUUCCUGUC